AUGUCCUUUUCGGACGCGAGAUUCGCCUAUGGUCCAUUUGCACCGCACUAUAUUCCUCGGCAAUACAUUGAGAACUACUUUUCGUUGCACAAGACUGACUCUAUCUUGGUGCUCAACACGACUGUUGAAGAUGUCUCCAGAAUUCCGGCAAAAGACAGACCUGAGCAGUGGAGAUUGACACUGCGCAAAUUUGAUGCGGCGCGGAAUGUCGAUGUCUGGUGGCAGGAAGUUUUUGAUGCCGUUGUUCUCGCUAAUGGGCAUUACUCUGUUCCUUACGUGCCUCAUGUCAAGGGUCUGGACGAAUACAUCAAGAAGUUUCCGGGCCGGGUAGUCCACUCUAAGACCUACCGCUCCCCACAACCCUUCACUGGAAAAAAGAUUGUGACUAUCGGCAAUUCUGCAUCAGGCCACGAUGUCACAGAAGAGCUGGUCCAGACAGUCCAAACCCCAGUAUUCCAGUCUCGGCGCUCGAAAUCUCGCUGGGAUGGCGACGAACCGCCCAAAGGAAUCGCAUGGAAGCCUGUCAUUCAAGAAUACCGUCUAGACGGACGGAUCAUCUUUGAAGACGGUUCAUACCUCGACGAUGUAGAUCACGUCAUCUACUGUACGGGGUACAAGCCUUCUUACCCCUUCUGGAACUCUGAUAACAACGGCGGGAGGGCCUUGUACGACUAUAAGAAGGGCAAACUCAUCAAGACAUUUUGGCAUACCUUCUUCCAAGAUUUCCAGACUCUCGGGAUUGUGGGCAUGCCGCGAGUUUUGACGUUUCGAAGUUUCGAGUACCAAGCCAUUGCACUGGCCCGUGUGUUUUCAGGAAGGCAUUCUGUUGCGCUGCCGCCUAUUGAAGAGCAGGAACGCUGGGAAAGGGAGAGAGAGGAAUUAGUUAGGAAGGAUGGGCGGAAAUUCCAUGAUAUUGCAUGGGAGACAGGCGAGACGUUUGAGUGGCUCAACUGGCUCUUCCGGGUUGCGGGCUUGCCUACGCUCAGGGGCAAGGGGCGGACACCGCCGGUGCUCUCAGAAGAGCUGAUUUGGGCUGUGGAGCAUUUGAGAAAGUAUCCCGAGCCUGGAAACCCUGAUUAUGACGACGAUGCCCCGAAGAAGAAGGUCGAGAUAGCCAGUACGGGGUUCUACGGAGAUGGCCAUGAACAUCAUGGAGAGGAGCAGAAGGCAAAGUGGAUUCUAGUGCAAAGGCCUAAGAAGGACUUGCUAGGGUUCAUAUAG